AUGGCUAAAAUGAAAAUUUCAUCUUCACUUAUUCAACUUGAUGAAGAUAUUGAUCGUAUCAUGUUUCUUUGUACACAUAUUACUCAAAUGGCUUCGAAUAUCCGAUCAAGUCAUUUGUCAAAUGUUACCUUUUCUGUUGAGAAUACUCAAUCAUGUUAUCAUUCACUUUUAUCUAUGGCUGAACAAAUAGAAGGUGCAGCUCUUUUACUUGAAUCAUUAUUAGCUAUUCAACAACAAAAUUUCAUGUUGAAUGAAAAAAAGAAAUCAAUAAGAUAUCAUUAUACUCGAGAUGAAUUAUUACAAUUACGAAAACGUGUUACAUCAACAUUAUCUAAUGAAAUUGAAAGUUUAUUAAAACAAGUAGUUGAACGUGAGAGUAAUGAUUCGGUCGACAUGGAAAGAAAAUCAUGGAGAGAUAUAAGAACAAUUUUGACGUAA